UUGACUGUCAUCUGUCAUGGCCCCUAAAAAGCCUGAGCCGAAGAAGGAAGCUGUAAAAACGUCUCCAGAAACAGAAGCGACAAAAGAACCAGAAUUUGACCCACACAGCAUAAAGAUCGAGUUCAGUGCUGAUCAAAUUGAAGAGUUUAAGGAAGCCUUCCAGCUGUUUGACCAGACUCCAGAAAACAAGAUGAAGAUCUCUUACUCUCAGUGUGGAGAUGUGAUGAGAGCACUAGGUCAGAAUCCAACUAAUGCAGAGGUCCUCCGAGUUCUUGGCCGACCCAAACCUGAAGAUAUGGAGGUCAAAUCGAUGGACUUUGAGACCUUUCUUCCAAUGCUACAGCACGUGGCUCAGACUAAGGAAAAAGGGACGUAUGAGGAGUUUGUUGAAGGCCUCAGAGUGUUUGAUAAGGAAGGCAAUGGAACAGUGAUGGGGGCGGAGCUACGACACGUCCUGGUCACUCUGGGGGAGAAGAUGUCUGAAGGAGAGGUCGACAAACUUCUAGCAGGGCAGGAGGAUGCUAACGGCUGCAUUAAUUAUGAAGCUUUUGUCAAGCACAUCAUGGCUGGUUGACCUAAA